AUGGAGAUGUCUAUGGUUACCGCCAUUGGUGGUACUACUCUCCGCACCCGUCUUCAAGGACUCGAACCCGCGGACAGUCAAGAUCAGACAAUAACAUUACCCGCGCCCAAUCCACACGCGGUUGCGUACCCGGUGCGGACUCCAUAUACUGACUCUUCGUAUUCUCGAGCUGAAGAGCCGGCAUCUCAAACCUUCCCUACCAAUGGUGUUCAUUACACAAGUCAAGUGCCAGGAUCAAGACCUGAUAACGUGGCUCCCUCAGAUGCAGACCCCGAGCCCGCAAUAGUAUCAACGAAACCAGCAGUAUCUAGAGUACUCUUUGACACACCACACUUAGACGAUCAAACCGCUGCGAUACCGCUGAGCCUCGCUGAAACGCCAAACCCAGGAUCAGAAUCACAAGCACUAAACCUGCCGUGGGGGAAUUGUCCUUUUCCACACGUGCAAACUGCGGAGGAGACUCAGAAUCCAAUGCCGGUACCAGCACCUUCUCCGAUACCCAUGCCCGCUCCAAAGACCAAGCCAUAUCACCAUCCACUUUGGGCAGUCUCCAGUUGCUGCUCAGCAAGCCGGUCUCAUACACCUUCACCGACGACGGAUAGCGAACAUAAGCAUGUUACUAUCAAGACAGAAGAGGGCACUGGUUUCGGGGAUGCGCAUGAACACCCUCGUACUAUAGGCAAACAUGAUGACCCUGAGCUCGGCCCUCCGAACUUCGAGCGUGUCAUUCUCCGGAUCGACGGCCUCACGUGCGGAUGUUGUGAUUCGGGACUUUCACGAACUGUUGGCCGCAUUCCUGCCAUCAAGAACUUUCAGGCGAACACUGUACUCGCUCGAAUUGAGCUAGAGCUCGAUACCAAUCGUCUGUCGAUUGGCAAAGUCAUCAAGCUACUUGAAACAAAGACCGGAUACAAAUUCAAGGAGCAGGUCGCAUCUGACGGUCAAGUCUUGGAGGUUAUCGUUACCGACUCUAGACGCAUGGAGCAUGCCGGUCAGCCAGACGGUGUCAUACGCAUCGAAGUCCCCGAACGAGCGCCGUGGCGUCCUUUCGCUAUGUUAAGUGGGCUAAGCAACAGAACUCCGAAGAAGACGACUGUUCAUGAAGAUCGUGGGGUUUCGACGAUUCGUGUACCACCGACGAAGAUAUAUUACGACGCAGCCAUGAUUGGAGCGCGGGACGUUCUCAGGCACUAUCGUCAAUUUGAUCCAGAUUUGCGCCUGGCGCCUAUUGCGGCAGACCCAGGACUCGAUUCAGGGGCAAAACAGACCAUACGAGCUCUGAAAUGGUUUUCGCUCUCACUAGUUCUCACGAUUCCUGUCCUGGUAUUCGCCUGGACACCUGUAGGCCACCACGAGAACAAAAGUCGCCCUGAAGGCACUCCAGAGAUUUCACAGCAACUAGAGCCCAAGCAUGAGUCGAUUUAUCUUCCUGGAUUGCACACUUCGUUGGUACUUGCCACUGUAGUGCAGAUCAUCGCCUUGAAGGCGUUCCUUCCAGGUGCUAUGCGAUCCUUGUAUCACUCUCAUACUCUUGAGAUGGACUUCUUGAUCGCCUUCAGUACUACCAUGGCCUAUAUCUUCAGCGUCGUUUCCUACGUCUUCCAGGUCAGAGGCAAGCCAUUAGAAACAGGAUCAUUCUUCGAGACAUCCACUCUCUUGGUAACACUGAUCUUGCUAGGCCGUGUCAUCAACGAGUUCGCCCGUUUUCGCGCUGCAAAGUCGAUGUCGUUCCGAUCGCUCCAAGUUGACGAGGCAAUUCUUGUUACAACCCCGGAAGAGACCACCUCUUGGUCCAGCGCCCCGAUGACCAAGAUCGAUACUCGACUACUCCAAUACGGCGAUUUUUUCACGAUCCCUCCUCAUACCAGGGUAGCCACGGAUGGUAUUGUUGUGUACGGAGGUUCUAAUGUCGACGAAUCGAUGAUAACUGGCGAGUUCAAGCCGAAGGCAAAAGGCCUAGAUUCCGAAGUCUUCGCCGGUACCAACAAUGGGGACGGGUUCCUAGCAGUGAGGCUGACAAAAUUACCUCAUGAGAACUCCGUGCAGCGCAUCGCAACUUUGGUGGAAGACGCAGAAUUGACAAAGCCGAGAACACAAGCACUUGCUGACCGAGUCGCUGGUUGGUUCGUGCCUGUAAUGGCCUCAAUCGGGCUUACGGUCUUCCUCAUCUGGCUCUUCGUCGAAAGAUACCACAACAAGAAACAAUGGCGGAGCGCGUUACUGACGGCAACUACCUACGCUAUCGCUACACUCAUCGUGUCUUGUCCUUGCGCCAUCGGCCUCGCUGUACCAGUGGUUGUCCUAAUCGCGAGUGGCGUAGCAGCACGAUAUGGCAUCAUCUUUAGAGAUCCGCAGAAACUCGAGACUACACGCAAUGUUACGGAUGUAGUUUUUGACAAAACCGGGACCAUAACUAGCGGAACACUGAAGGUCGUCGAUAUUCCCAGAUACCGCAAUACGGAUCACGGUCGCACAAAGGGCUUGCUGAUGGGCCUUUUCAAGGAUAUCAAGCACCCGGUGUCCAUUGGGAUCACAUAUUGGCUGGCACAAGACAGACUCGUUCACAAGAAUUUUGAACCUCUCGAGGUCACAAAUGUCACCAGUAUCCCCGGUAAAGGAGUCCAAGGCACAUGCGCGAAGACAGGAGUCGAGAUCCGAGCCGGAAACGCUGAGUGGUUAAAUAUCAAUGUAAUUGGGCCAGAGCUCCACACGACAUGCUACUUCACAUAUGGCGGAGAUCUUCGCGCUAGCUUCGUGCUACAAGACCGACCUCGUCCUGGGGCAGAGAUGGUGAUCCAGAAACUCCUUGCCCGUGGUAUCGGAGUACACAUGCUCAGCGGCGACACCGCUGGCGCCGUUGCUGAAGUUGCUGAAGCGCUCUACAUUCCUCAGGGAAACACCAAGGCACGCUGCAAACCUGAGGGCAAGAUGAAUUACGUACGCGACCUCCAAACUCCCGGAAAGGUCGUUAUGUUCGUGGGUGAUGGUACGAAUGACUCUAUGGCGCUCAAGCAAGCCCAUGUCGGCGUUCACCUCAACCAAGGCUCAGACAUCGCGAAAAGCGCGGCCGACGUAGUCCUCAUGACCACGCGUCUCCACGAUGUUCUGAUCUUACUCGACAUUUCCUUUGCCGCGUACCGACGUAUAAUUUUGAACUUCAGCUGGUCGACCUUGUACAAUGUAGCCGCAAUCCUCCUUGCAGCCGGCGCAUUCCUCAAGGCGGGCAACCAAGUCAGGAUCAAGCCGCAGUGGGCUGGGCUAGGUGAGCUCGUCAGCGUCUUGCCCGUGGUCUUGAUCGCAUCCCAGAUGCGAUGGCGUGAUUAUGGCAGGAACUACAGGAUGAUCGAGACCGAGUACCAGAAGGUUGAAGUGCCGAAACGUGAGCGUCAUAUUCGUACGCGUGGUAGUUCUUCGAUUGAUGGCGCUGGCUGCUGUGAGAUUCCAUCGACGACGUUGGCACAAGUCGAUGCUAUUACGAGGAGGGAUGAGAGGAGUAGGCUUCGGAAAUUUUUGCUUGGGAGUACAUCAUGA